CCCGCCAUUUUGAAAACCUUGUUGAUUCCGGGAGGGAGGGAAGAGGCAGAAGGAGAGGGAAAGGGCAAGAGUGGCUGCUGGCCGUAGCGCUGUGCCGCGGCUGGACGUGUGUGUGUCGCUGCGCCCGGACUCGCCUCGUCCAGCGGUAACUGCCGCCUUCAGCUGCUGCCGCCGCGCCUGAGGAGGGAGCCUGGGCUCGUGCUGAGAAGCCUAUACCAUGUCUUCUGUUGACUCAUCAAAAGAAGAUACAAUGUCGUCAGAAAAAACAGACGAGAAACAGCCUGAAACUGAAAACAAAGCUGAGGAAAGUGAUGAAGAUGAAGAAGAGGAAGAGGAGGAAGAGGAAGAAGAAAAGGAGAAGAGCCUCAUUGUUGAAGGAAAAAGGGAGAAGAAGAAGGUUGACCGACUGACCAUGCAAGUGUCCUCACUGCAGAAGGAACCUUUUACAAUUACACCGGGUAAAGGACAAAAACUCUGUGAAAUUGAGAGGAUACAGUUCUUUCUGAGUAAAAAGAAGACAGAUGAACUUAGGAACCUGCACAAACUCCUCUACAACAGGCCAGGCACUGUUGCAUCCCUGAAGAAGAAUGUGGGUCAGUUCAGUGGGUUUCCAUUUGAAAAAGGAAGUGACCAAUAUAAAAAGAAGGAAGAAAUGUUAAAAAAAUUUAGAAAUGCAAUGUUGAAAAGUAUCUGUGAAGUUCUUGACUUGGAAAGAUCAGGAGUCAAUAGUGAGCUUGUAACCAGAAUAUUAAACUUCCUUAUGCAUCCAAAAUCUUCGGGCAAGCCAUUGCCAAAGUCCAAAAAACCACAAAGCAAAGGUGGUAAAAAAGAGCGCACUAGCUCUGGAGCAACAAGAAAAGCGAAACGUACCAAGUACCCAGAGAUCUUGUCAGAUGAAUCCAGUAGUGAAGAAGAUGAAAAAAAGGAAAAGGAUGAGUCUUCAGAAGAAAAAGAAAGUGAAGAUGAGCCCCCAAGAAAAGUAUCUAAAAGAGAAAAAUCUAAAAAGACACCUUCUAAAACCAAGAAAGCUGUGAAAGGUGCAAAUGUCAAGAAGGCAGACAGCAGCACUACUAAGAAAAACCAGAACAGUUCUAGAAAAGAAAGCGAGUCUGAGGAUAGUUCAGAUGAUGAACCUUUGAUUAAAAAACUGAAGAAACCGCCCACAGAUGAAGAACUGAAGGAAACUGUUAAGAAUUUGUUGGCCAAUGCAAAUUUGGAGGAGGUUACAAUGAAACAAAUCUGCAAGGAAGUGUAUGAAAAAUAUCCUAGUUACGAUUUAUCUGACAGAAAAGACUUCAUUAAAAAAACAGUCAAAGAGUUGAUUUCAUGAUCUGAUUUGACUGAGGGAAAUGAAGAUUCCCGGGUUUUUGUUUCCAUGGAUUUGAAGAUCUGAUAGGCACCAGCAAAAGGAAUGUGUCUUACCCUUGUAUUUUUAGUCAGAUCUAAUUCUGCUGAUCUAAUGUUAAGAGUGUUAAUGUAAAUUGCUUUGUGUGGUUUUUUUUGUUGUUAAACAGAACUGCAUUUGAUGCAAUUUUUUAGUUGAACAUACUUAAGUUUCAUGCAUGGCAAUAAAUGUUCCCUUUUUAUAGUUUUGUACAUUUUGAAUUGCAUUGUAUAACUAGAUUCAUUAGAGGUUCAUUAGAGCCAUCAUAGCUUUUUAGCGUGGAUUACCAGCGUACAGGAGAUUUUAAAAUUUACUAAGAUGAAAGCUGCUUAUCUACACAUAUACAUGCAGAGACUGGAAUAUUGCAGUAUUGGUUACAAAGAUAUUUUGGAUACAUAUUAAUUCUAAAAUAAGAAGAGUUAGUCACAUAUUAAUCUCUUUUAUAUUCUGAUACAUUCUACAGAUACAGAAUUAUUCUGAACCUACAUUACAGUCUUGCAUGUGUAGGCACUGAAAGAACUCUCACAGCAUGGUAACUAAUUGGCAGAUAGAUGUUAUUUUUGUACUUUCAAAAGGCUUUUUGUUGUGUAUAUAAAGUUAUUUCAAAUUUCUUUUGUGCAAAUCAGUUUUUUAAUCUUGAUAUCUUUGAAUUUAUGACAUGAAAUGUCAGUGUUCAGCAGUGAGGCAGUAAUAACAAGUGGUGUGCAGAAGUUUCAUGAAAAUGAGCUGAGGUUUCAUGAUGUUUGUCUCCUCUUACCUUGUACAAAAACGAAACUGUAGGUUUAUACCUGAAGUUUAACUUUAUACAGAGACUAUGGACAUUGUUUCAAUGUCUUGGAAGUAGUAAAUAAAAUCCCUCCAAAGGCAAUAGGAAAAUUUCUAGCAUCUCACAAGUGGGUAUCCAAGAUACACAGCUGGAGGCUUGAUAGCUUUGGAAAUCCACAGUAGGGCUUCCAAAUCGGAUAGCACUGAUGUGAACAUGUGUUUAACCUCUCUCCUGUGUGGGAAAGCUUUUCUGAACCUGACCUUCAUUGCCUCAGCAUGAACAAUGGUACUUGUAAGCCUGCAGUCUUUAACUGUGGCUGGCAGCUUUUAGGAUCAAAGCAAACUCUGUCCAUAAGUUUUUGUUUAGGUUUUCUCCAUACACCUUGUUUUUAAUAUGGGAAGUCCUACUCUUAAAAUCAUGCAACUAAGAGCUGCCAGAAUGGGGACGGCCAUUCACACCGUGAGUGCAGAAUCCCUCUGACUAGUAUUGCUGGAAAGACAAAGUGUAUUUUUUUGAAUUUUAUUAUUGUACAGUUGAGAAAUAAGGGUUCAUAAAUUAUCUAAAUUCCAAAAAUGUUCAGCCACUUAGACUGUUGAUCUUACACAGACUUUUGAAUUUCUUUGCUUGUAAUCAUUUAUAAUAAGGCUGAAUGUAAUGGGGAUUUUUUGUAUUCAAUAAAUGUCUUUCACAAAAAUAUAAA